CGGUUAAGCAUUACGUAAAGUUGCUUUAAUUCUAGUUCAAAACUAUUUUAGUAGAGUUGCUGUUAUUAUGUAUUUUGAUCAGUUUUAUUUGUAUAUUUGAUAUUAAUUGAAGCGAUAUUUUGACAGUAAUUAAGACUCUGAUAAAAAGUACAUUAAAAUGGCCUCAAGUAACUUUUUAACGGUAAAAACGCAUUUGUCUGAAUUUAAAAAUAAUUCUGACAAAGACACAGUAAGCGAGGCUUCUGAAAGUGGAACAAGUAACUCUGUGACGUCAGCUGAAGACCUACAGAAAUUAGCUGUGAUACUUGGGCUAAACAGCGCCGAAGACGUUUACCAAGAAAGAUUUCGUGUUGACAGACGCCGUUUGGAAACUAUGCUGGCUGAUAAUUUGGAAGAAUCUCAAACAGCCCAAGCUUUCUUUCAUCGGGUGAUGACCGAAACAAACACUUUAGUAAAUUGGCCCAUUCGCCUUAAAGUUGGUGCUCGAUCAAAAAAAGAUCCUCACGUGAGGGUUGCUGGCCGCGCUGACGAUGUGAAACUUGCGAGAGAGAAAAUUAUGCAGUUACUGGAUACAAGGAGUAACCGGGUUACAAUGAAGAUCGAUGUCAGUUACACCGACCAUUCGCAUAUCAUCGGGAAGGGAGGUCUAACAAUAAAACGCGUGAUGGAAGAAACGGGGUGCCAUAUUCACUUUCCGGACUCCAACCGCACCAGUACUGUGGAGAAGAGCAACCAGGUCUCCAUCGCUGGCGAUAUGGAGAGGGUGGAACGCGCCAGAGCUCGAGUUAGGGCGCUAACUCCUCUGGUAUUCUGCUUCGAGCUUCCAAUAGCGUCGCCUUCUCAGCCAUUACCUGACGUCACCUCGCCUUACGUGCAGCAGAUUCAGGAGCAGUAUAACGUUCAGGUGACGGUUCGCAACCGCCCCAAGCUCCACGCCAACCUGAUGGUGGUCAAGGGCGUGCAGUGGGAGGUGCAGUCAACCAUGGAAGCCACCACUCUGCUUAUGAACUACAUGUGCGGCCCGUUGGCGAGCCAAACCAAGGUGCAAAUGAUGCUAGAAAUAUCCCCCAUGCAUCACAGCGUAGUUGUAGGCCGGGGGUCCGAGCAGCUGAAGGUGAUAAUGAAAGGCACGGGGACCCAAGUGAUGUUCCCUGACGCAAAUGACCCAAACAUACUGCCUAUUAAAAAGAGCUGCGUCACUAUAACUGGCCAGAUUAAGGAUGUUUAUACUGCCAGACAACAACUUGUGGGUAGCCUCCCACUAGUAGUGAUCUUCGACGUAUCCGAAGAACUGUGUCACGUCGACAAUGACGCAGUAGCGCAGCUCUCGCAGCGAUACAACGUUUACAUCAACGUGCGACGCAAGCCGAAGCAGGGGAUUGCUUCGAUUGUUAUCAAGGGAAUUGAGCGAUGUGCAGGAGAUAUCUACGAAGCGCGUCGCGAGCUCCUCGGUGGCAAGGAGCCAGUGAUAGCUGCCGAAAUACCAGAAUCCUAUACCAUCCCGUCUAUCCCGGCAGCAUCAAUGCCAAACUUUAGCAUUUACAACCCCUUCUCGCCAACUCAGAACAUGGCGAACUCCCCAUGCUCCGCAUAUAACUUGCAAAUGUCGGACUACAAUGUGAGCCCGUUUAACCCUCCCACCUCUGGAGGAUAUCCGAGUCCCCUGUCGCCUGUAGCGUUGACUCCUCCGAUUCAUGGAUUCUCCAAUACGUGGAUGAUCCCAUCGCCGCAGCCAAGAGGGCAGCCUUUCCAUUACCCGAAUAUGAUGCCAAGCCCGAAUUCUAUAGUAUAUAAUAACCAAGGAGGAUCCUGGAACCCAAUGUCCACCGGUCCUGACAUGAACGUUAUGCAGCCCAUGAUGAUGCAGCCAACUUACCAACAAUUGUCCACCGAUGGCAGGCCCAGGACGUUGAGUCAACUGCUGAACUCCAGCUCGCAGGCGAGCAGUGGCUACCAGAGCAACUUUACCGGCAGCUGCGUUUCCCUGGACACCCACAAUAUUUCCGGAGGCGAAGGCAGCAACGUAGUAUCGCCUUCGGUGUCUCCGAUAAGCAAGACUCACAGCCCCGUGCCGUCCAACGAGAACGAUCGCUCGCAACAAGAUUUAGCGAACAUAAUCUCGGACCUACCGCUAUCGGAGCGCCGCGCGCCGGGCUGCGAGAAGAAGACUCUAGAGACACUUAACAAGAUGUCUCCUCUAGCCGAGUACCGCCACAUGAAGUCUGAGGCUAGCAAGGCAAUGCGCGAGAACGUAGGCAGCGGCUACAGAGUGCCGACCCCGAGGUGGUCUGGGCACUACUUCAGUAACACUUCGCCUGGCGCUAUCAAUUUGAAUGAUAAUCGGAAUAACGUCAUGACCACUCCCGAGCGAGGCUGGAACCGCUCAGAGCUGGUUCGCCCGAACAUCGUGGAGAGUGCACCGACGCCGCCGCAGCAGGUGCAUGCCGCCAAGAGAUGCCGCUACGAACAGUUGUAUGACUUGCUGAGAGAUAUUGGACUGCACAAAUACAUUGACCUUUUCAAGAAACAUGAGCUGGACUUAUCGACGUUCGCGUCUCUGAACGAGGCCGACCUCACAGAGAUCGGCGUCACCGCCUUCGGCGCUCGCAGGAAGAUGCUGCUGAUCAUUGCUGAGCUGCAAAAACAAUCGAGUCAGAAGACGGCGGCGCUGGGUACAGAGCGAAAAUUGGUUAACUCCCCGCCGUACAACACAGCUGCACUCAACGACAAGUGGUAAACCACGCUACCACUACAAAUUGGGGUGAGGUUGGGAAUUUGGUAGAUACACUCGCUAUAAUAAGUAGAAUUUACUUGAUAUAAUUGAUAUAAUAACUAUAGGAUUUAUCGUUAGUGUUUCCUAAAUAUGCUAUGUUUAAGUCACGAUUCGUACUUGGCAAAUAUUUUUAGGUUGGCUUUGUGUAAGGAAAAUUUACCUAUCACAUACAACCUUUCCUUAACAAAACAUCGCAUAUUGCUUAUUAAACAAUGUACCGUACUUUGCCAAAUCGUACAAGGCUAAACUAAUUAGUAUUACAAUCACACAAUCAGAAUUUUUCUACAUUUUUCUUGCCAAAUUCCCGGUCUUGACGCCUUUUUUAUAUUCCUGCAACGUAGCAAAAGGUCAAUUUGCAAAGACUCGUUAUGAAUAAUGAUAUGUCAAGACCAUGCUCAGAGACUGAUAAAUAAGUACAAAAUUAUAAUAUUUACACUAAGACUGAUAAUAGUACAAAACGAUCGAUUUGAAGACUGAUAAACUUCAUCGAAUGAACCUGUCAUUAAUGUCAAAAUGAGGAUCGUGUUUAGUUAUUUGUUUAUCUGACUUUGUGCAUUCUAGUAGGCGUCUCAUUAUUAGCCUCUAUUGAAUUAAUGAAGAAUUAAGUUAUGACUAAUAGAUAUUAGUGUCACUUAGUUCUAUGAUCUUUGCCUACUAUUUUAAAUUAAUUUUUACUAAAAUAAUACAUUGUUUGAAAAUUGGUAAAAUGAUUAUCUGGACUAGAUUGGAAAUUGAGUAAACAUUUUUAUAAAAACAAUUAGUAGAUAUUAUUUUAAUCAAAUUAUUCCAAGUUUAAUUCAAUUUACUAAUUUUCAAAGAGUUCUGAACGAAGUACUUACUCAUUUUGUAAAAAAAAAUUGAUAAUAUACAAAUCCUGAAUCUAGUUAUCAACUUUGUCUAUUAACUUAUCCAAAUGG